UGACUGAUGACUGCUGCCUGAUAACAGAGUGAUAAAAGUGAUAAUUUUGCUUUAAUAAACUGCGGUCGCCACUAGGCCAUAAGUCGAGUAAUUAUUAUUACAUAAAACACUGCACUACGAUUAUCGCAGUCCUUAUACCCGCUUGUAUGUGUUAAAUAACAUAAACGCGAGUGAGUUUUAAAUUGUAAAUAAAUAUCAUGGCUGAGAAACAAAUAAAAAAUCGUGUGUGCAUUGUGGGUUCGGGUAACUGGGGAUCUGCGAUAGCAAAAAUCGUUGGUAGAAAUGCAGCGCGCCUUUCAAAUUUUGAAGACAGAGUCACAAUGUGGGUGUAUGAAGAGAUGAUUGAAGGCAAGAAGUUGACAGAAAUUAUUAAUGAAACACAUGAAAAUGUCAAAUACCUUCCAGGUCAUAAAUUACCAGAGAAUGUAGUUGCUGUACCAGAUCUAGUGACAGCAGCUAAAGAUGCUGAUCUCCUGAUAUUUGUUGUGCCGCAUCAGUUUGUGAGAACACUAUGUUCUACACUUCUUGGCCAAAUUAAGCCCACAGCAGCUGCAUUAUCACUUAUCAAGGGCUUCGACAUCGCUGAAGGUGGCGGUAUUGACUUGAUUUCGCAUAUCAUUACAAGAUGUUUGAAGAUUCCUUGCGCGGUACUCAUGGGUGCCAACAUUGCGUCAGAGGUAGCAGAAGAAAAGUUCUGCGAAACAACCAUUGGUUGUCGUGAUGUAAUGCUGGCCCCGCUGAUGAGGGACAUCAUCCAGACAGAGUACUUCAGGGUGGUGGUCGUUGAUGAUGAAGAUGCUGUUGAAAUCUGCGGUGCUCUGAAGAAUAUAGUGGCUGUUGGUGCUGGCUUCGUGGAUGGUUUAGGGUUCGGCGACAACACGAAAGCGGCGGUCAUCAGACUUGGAUUGAUGGAGAUGAUCAAAUUCGUCGAUGUGUUCUACCCGGGCAGCAAACUUAGCACCUUCUUCGAGUCAUGCGGUGUAGCCGAUCUUAUUACUACCUGUUAUGGUGGCAGAAAUCGUCGUGUAGCUGAAGCGUUUGUGAAGACCGGCCGAUCGAUCAAGGAGCUCGAAGACGAAAUGCUUAAUGGACAGAAGUUGCAGGGUCCCAUCACCGCUGAGGAGGUUAACCACAUGCUUGCCAACAAGAAUAUGGAGAAUAAGUUCCCGCUCUUCACAGCUGUCUUCCGUAUCUGCCGUGGCGAGUUGAAGCCCAAUGAUUUCAUUGAUUGCAUCCGGUCCCACCCCGAGCACAUGAAACCGUUGGCGCCAAAAUGCUCUCUGUGACGACUGAAGCUAUUUGUGACAGUGACAUUUUAUCAUUCACUUCAAGUUCCAUUGUUGUGUCAUUAAGCCCCGAGUUGCUAUUGGUCCAAAAUUCUAAUGUCAUAAUAACCUUGACACUAAAGGUAAUGGCGCCAACAAUGUCAGUGCCAAAAUUAGUGUCAUUUUAUUUUUUACUAACAUUGUUUAAUGGUUACAUUGAUAUAUUUUAUUGACUAAAGUAACGACUCGGGGCCUACGUGUUGUUCAUUAUUUCGUGUAUUAUUAUACAUAGUAGCCGCCGUGAAAAGGAAAUACACAUACAAAUCGAGUAAUUAUGUAUGUAUAGUUUGAAACUAUCUUUUUUUAGAAGAAUACUUAUAAUAAUAUUGGACAUAUAAUAUUUUUGUGCCUUGUGCAUUGUUUAUACAAAGUAAGUUUUAAAAGUGCAAUAUUGUGGAUGAUUUGUUGAGUCUGUGGACAGUAAAUAAAUAGAUUACUUCUCUUAUGCUACGAAUGGUAUUUUUUUUUUACAAAAAGAUCUCGUGAUAUUUAAGAAGUAAAAUAUAGAGUAUAUUUAGUAAAAAAGGACUAUUGCCAUAAAACGUAUAAAUCGAUAAAUUACGGAUGAAACAGCAGCAUUAUCCUCUUAUAUAAAAAUCUUUUUUUUUAAUGUCUAAUUGCACCGUCAUAAUUAAAGUACUUAUGCGUCUCCUUUUAUUACAUCGUAAACAUAAUUUGACAGAAACUACAUGACUUAAAAGAGUUAACGAUUAACUUGAUAGUCAUUUCGCUUUAACAAAGUCGUAAAACACUAUUACGACUGUUUUAAUGUUUUCUCAUAUUUGACUUGCUUGGGUGUUGUAGGUACUACAAAUGUAAACAUUUUUCUGAUUUUUUGCAAAAGGUUUUAUUGUAUAGAAAAACACGUGGAUCGCACCAAACAUAAAGCCAGUUUUAGUUUAGAUUGUAAUUCUACCAAAUAAUCAUAAAAGUUGAUGCGACAGUUAAAACAUAUAAUAUUUCCGUGAAUAAAGUGGUAAAAGAUUAUUACGUUCUAAACAUUCGUCAAAAUGUGCCAUCGUAAUGUACGGUUGUCUGUAAUUUUGUUUGUACAUGGAAACAAUUUCCUCAUUUGCUCUUCAAUCUAAUUAGAUAAAUUACUGUCAUAUAUAUGUAGAUAUUUUUAAGUAUUUACACUAAAUACAUAACGUUUAAAUCGUCGAAUAGCAAAAAUAGCUUUAAUUUGAUUGUAUGAUAUACAAUCAAAGCUAUUUAUAUACUUUUACGACUUACUUCUCCGUGGUAAGUGAGUUAUUAACUUAUUUUGUUCUAUUACAACACGUGGCAACAGUUCGGUCCGUAUUUUUUAACACGCGUCUUCAAUGAACCACUAUAUUAUCUAAAAAAAAUAAGUAAUGAUUUUUGUUGUGGCAAAAUUUACCGCAAUAGUCCUUUAAUUAUUAAUAAUAGUGAGUAUAUAAAGGCAAAAAUUGGGAUAAGGUUUCGGUAGCUAAGUUUUUUUUAAGGAUUUUUUGUUACCUACUCAUAGAUAUAUGUCUAAAAGAUGAGAUACAGUGAAGACGCAUUUUAUCAU